AUGACAUCCGACGGAUUUGCCAGGCUUGUGCGUACCUUCGCCACCACCUCGUUCUCGAGCUACACGGUGCAGCGCUUGAUCGUGGCCAAUUCUGCAUCCGGGGCGUUUCUUCAACGAAUCGGCCAGCUCACCAAGGGCAUCAUAUACGCGCAAUACAGUGAACCGGUCUUCCUGUUGCCGAAGGGUAAUGAGUUGACCUACGUGAUGUUAACGGUAGCGCCUGCCCUACGCUUCUUUAUUGCCGGAAGAAACCUACACCUGGAGUCGCUACGGUUCGACAACAGUUCACUUGGUGCGAUUCCUUCCACACUGAACCAACUGACGCAGCUCAAACUAUUGCAAAUCAACAACAGUCCCCUGACGUCGCUGCCUCUUGAUAGGUUGGCGAAGAAUCCUGUCCUGGUUUACGUCGAGCUACUGGCCAAUCGCAUCGCACAGAUACUUCCACUGACCGAUCCCGACGCUGUGCUGAACGUACAACAGCUUAGCCUCUCAUCGAACCGCAUUGUCCAUCUCGAUCUCGGUGUAUUCGCGGGCGCAAAGAAUCUUACUGUCCUCGACCUACGAAACAAUCGCUUGCUGAGCAUUGCGAGCGGGGCCAAAGUCUCAUUGCCUAAUCUGCUCAUGCUGUACCUGGAUGGCAAUAGACUAUCGGCGAUUGAUCUACCCAGUCUAUACGCACCCCAGCUGUCGGCAUUGAGUUUGAGUGCGAACAAUUUUACCGAGCUGCCAGCGCAAUGGGAAGACAAACCUGCAUUGCGAUACAUUUCCCUCGAUUCCAACCGCAUCAGAACGUUUGAUUUCGCUACGGUACGGCCGCUGAAACAGUUGUUAUCGAUUUCUUUGACCGAUAAUCUGAUCCAUACAGUGCUCGCUAGUCCGCCCGUGGUGGAGUUACCAGUGCUGGGCGGUAUCUAUCUGUUUGGUAAUGUUUUGGAGAAAUUUAAUCUCAAAGGCGCCGAACUGCCGAUGAUCAAUUGGAUCACGCUAGACAAAAACAGACUCACCAUAGUACCACCGGUCUUCCGCAAGUAUCCCAAAGUUCACGUAAGCCUCACCGACAACCCGAUCAGGUGUGCCAGCCUCGAACAGAACCAAGACAAGCUAACUGCUUAUCUGAUAACGGUGGACGUUGCUUGGUAUGAUCACAUCUGUCCAUCGAAAACCAUCAAAGUGCUCGACAUCGACAUGUGCUGUGUCGGAUAG